AUGGACAAUAUUCAAGAAUACAUUCCAAUAUUCCUAGUUUGUCUAGCCUCAAUAAUAUUGCUCCAAGCCAUAUUCAGAAAAAAUGGAUCAAAAUUUAACCUUCCACCUGGUCCAUUUGCCUUACCAGUUAUUGGACAUUUCCACUUACUAAAAUCACCCCUUCACAAAGCUUUUCAGAAAAUUUCAAAUCACUAUGGACCCUUGAUUCAUAUCUAUCUCGGGUCCACUCCCAUUGUUGUUGUUUCCUCUGCAGAAAUUGCCCAAGAGAUAUUCAAAACCCAUGAACUUUCCUUCUCUAACCGUCCUCCAAAUGUUGCUAUCAGUUAUCUCACUUACAAUUCAUCUGAUUUAGCAUUUGCUCCUUAUGGAACCUAUUGGAAGUUCAUGAAGAAACUUUGCAUGUCAGAACUUCUUAAUGGGAAGAUGCUGGAUCAACUCCUACCCAUUAGGCAAGAGGAGAUAAAUAGGUUUCUGAAGAUGAUGCAAAAGAAAGCUGAAGCAUGUGAGCCUGUGAAUGUUGGCGAUGAGCUUUUAAAGCUAACAAAUAGCAUAGUGAUGAGAAUGGCAAUUAGCAAAAGCUGUUUUAACAGCGAUGAUGAAGCUCACAAGGUGACAGAAAGGAUCAAAGAAUCUGCCAUGUUGAGUGGAAAGUUUAACCUUGCAGAUUUUUUUUGGUUUUGUAAGAGAUUUGAUAUGCAAGGAAUAGGGAAGAGGCUACAGAAGGUUCGAGACAGGUUUGACACCAUGAUAGAGAGUAUCAUUCAGGAGCAUGAAGAAGGAAGAAAGAAAUUGACCAAAAAGGAUGCGGCAAAGGAUGUACUUGAUGCUCUUUUGAGCAUUUAUGAAGAUCAAAGCUCAGAGGUCAAAAUAACAAGAGAUAACAUUAAAGCCUUCUUGGCGGAUAUGUUCUCUGGUGGGACAGAUACAACUGCUGUUACUCUAGAAUGGUCACUGGCAGAACUAAUUAACCAUCCAACAAUCAUGGAGAAAGCAAGGAAGGAAAUUGACUCUGUGAUUGGCAAGGACAAAAUAGUAGUGGAAUCAAAUAUAGCCAAUUUUCCUUAUCUCCAAGCCAUAGGGAAGGAGACACUAAGGCUUCACCCACCGGCUCCGUUUAUAAUGAGAGAGUCUACUGAGAAUUGCAUCAUUGCUGGAUAUAAUAUUCCAGCAAAGACACAAGUUUUCACUAAUGUGUGGGUCAUGGGAAGGGAUCCAAAACACUGGGAUAAGCCUCUUGAGUUCAUGCCAGAAAGGUUUCUUAGCAAAGAUGAGAAUGGAAUGAAAUACCAAGUUGAAGUUAGGGGACAACAUUAUCAACUUUUGCCAUUUGGGAGUGGAAGGAGAGGGUGUCCUGGAACAUCACUAGCACUAAAUAUUGCUCACACCACCCUUGCUGCUAUGAUUCAAUGCUUUGAAUGGCAGGGUGAAGAAGAUGGAGGGAAUGGGGGUAGCGUUAACAUGAAUGAAGGACCUUCAUUUAUUCUUUCUAGAGCCCAUCCUCUAAUUUGUGUCCCAAAAGCAAGACUCGUGCCAUUUCCUUCUAUGCCAUGCUAA